UACGGAUAAAACCCGUAAUAGCGGAGCUGUGUCAGUGCUAUUAGUGAUGUACGUGGCAUAAGAAUCUUACGCGAACGCGUAAAAAAGAGAAGAAAUGCAUAAGAUCCGCGAAUAGAGGCGAAUUUUCUCUUUUUUUCAAGGAAGAACGAGAUUGCGAGAGAGACUGUCUUAAACGAUGCGAGUGUUGCCCGAUUACGCAAAUAUGAUGGGAUUACCGUGUUCAUUCAGAAUGGAAGCAAUUCUGAGGAAUCUCCAUUUCUGACCGAUCGAUCAGCAUAACUUAAGAUAAAUUUCAUUCACGUCGGGUCCGCUAUAUUUGUGGAUUAAUAUCGAUACCUAUCCAAAUGCACUCCAUGUAUUCGUCUAAGAAAGGCGAUCCUCUUUGCCCUUUGGGUUUUCAUCCACAAGUACGGUGGCCAACGCGUUGCAAACGAUGUUUUAGAGAUUAUAAAGAGCAUGGCGGGAGAAGAAACAGUCUCGGAGACAUCACAUCUUCUUCCCCUAGUCUUUCUUUGGAUUCAUCGCGCGGCGCCGAGAGCAAAAGGACGUGGUCUUCCGCUACUAAUUUGGCGAAAGAUGAAACCAAGAAUAACUAUUCUCAAUCAGCGACGACAACCGGAUGGACAUCUUUGAUGGAUCUUUCUGCCAUAGAUAAGGAUACCCAAGAUGCUCCCAAAUUAGAAAAUGUUAGAAAACCAGCAAAGCUUCAGAUAAAAAAUGUAAUAAGCAACAACGAAGGCACUUCGGAUAAUGAUGUAGAGUUUAUAAUUCAGGUAAAGAAAUCACGGCCAGCACCGCCAAAACAGGUGGUUGAGGAUGGCCUGGAUAAUGUCAUGGUAAAAGGAGAGGAAUCCGAGAAGAAUGAGAUAGAGAAAUUAAAAUCCCAAUUAAAUGAUAUGAGAGCGAGAUGCGAGAAAGCGGAGAAAGAAAAAAGCGAGAUGUUGCUGCGUCGAUUGGCGACUAUGGAGACGAUGUCGAACAAAACAUCAACGAGUGAAGUGGCAAAACUACAAAAGAAAAACGAAGUGCUUGUACAAGAAAAAAAUUUAUUACUGACAAAGAUAAAAAAUUUGGAGAAGGAAACGAUUGGUAAACCGUACAGGGGUGAAAAGGACAGAAUGCAUGACGAAUUACGUUCGAAACUUAAGGCGGCAGAAAACCUUUGUGAAAGUUUAAUGGACGAAAACGAAGAUAUGAAAAAGGAAAUUAGACAAUUAGAAGAAGAGAUUUAUGAAUUGCAGGAUAAUUUUAGGGACGAACAAGCAGACGAGUAUACCCGUUUGCGAAAAAGUUUGGAGCAAUCAAACAAAAAUUGCCGAAUAUUAUCGUUCAAACUGAGGAAAGUAGAACGCAAAUCUGAAGAAUUAGAAAACGAACGAUCCGCUCUAGAGAAGAAAUAUGAAGAGAUGAAGAAAACAGAAGAAAUUCUGCAGAAAGUAAGUAACGCAUUCCAGGAAAGAACGCAAAAGAAGGCAACAGAUACCACAACAAAAAUGCAACUCAAAAAGAUGGUUGACGAAAUGGAAAAGGAAAUAGAAGACAUGCUGAAUAUUUUCUCCAACAUUAAAAAUGGACAUAAUGUAGAUAUACCAGAUAUGAAAUCAAAAGAUAAUAAUAAUUUAAAGUACGAUAAACUUCUAAAGGAACAUGAACUCCUUAAAGAAAAACUCGAAUCUGCUGUGAAAGAAUUAGCCAGUGAAAAAGAAAAGAAAAAAGUUCAAUCAAAUGUAAAAGAAGAUACUAAAAAUUUGGAUUUACAAAAUGUGAAAAAGAAGUUAGAUGAAGCAGUCACUUUACGGGAAACUGAAAGAAAAGCGUGGGAUAAAGAAAAAUUGGCUCUUUUGGAAGAGAAGGAAAAAUUGAAAUCAAAACUUUUAUCGCUAUCAGCCGAGAAAUUAAAAAUUUAUAACGAGGUUGUACAACUGAAAAAAGACAUCGAAAUUGCUAAGUCGUCGGAAAAAAAUACUGCAAAGAUGGAAGAAAUAAUAAAUGAAAUAAAAGAAAAACUAUCACAAGAACAAGAAAAGUGUAAACGAUUACAGAAUGAUAUAUCAUCGUAUACCGAAAGAGAGACGAAAAUGUCGCAAUCUAUAACAUCUAUGGAACAGGCAAAAACUAAACUCGAUGCUGAGGUGAAACGUUUGAAGAAGGAAUUAGAGAAUUCAAAAUCUACUACAUCAACAAAAAUCACGGAUUUAAAUGCAGAGAUUGCGGCACUUAAGCAGGAAAGUGAAAAAUUAACAUCACAACUUGACAGUGAGAAAGAAGCGAAAGAAACCGAAAUAGAAGCGCUCAAGAAAAAGAUAGCUUCCUUAGAAAAAGCCGGACAAAAUACAAAGCGCAUGAAUGAGAUGAAACAGACUUACAAUGAGAAAAUUUUGAAUCUCGAGAAUGACAUUAAAAAACAACAACAAGAUCAAGAGACUCUAACUAAAAAAUAUCAAGACCUUAUGAAAUCAAAGCUACAACUUGAAAGAGAAAAUGAAUCUUUGAAUAGCAAAUGUUCAGAGUGUAAAAAGGAUCUAAAAAGUAUUCAAUUAGAACUUGAUGAAUUACGUAAUUCAAUAAAAACGAGAGAAAACGAGUGGCGAUUAGAAAAAUCUGCUCUAGAAAGCCAAAUUCGUGAGAAUCAGUUACCGAAUAAAGUUAUUGUGGCAGAAUUAAAUAAUGAAAUUAAUACAUUAAAGAAAGAAAAUGCCACUUUAUUGGAACGGUUGGAAGAUAUAAGGAAAAUGAACGACGACUUGUCUGCAAAAUUGAAAGAUUACGAAGCAGUAUCAAAAAUUCAUCAAGUAUUAACACCCGAUACUACGGCACUGGAAUCCGAAAUCCGAAAAUUAAAGAAUGCCCUGACAAAUACGGAAAAAGCCAAAAAGGCAGACUUAGCGCAAUGUAAAAUGCGCUACGAGCACAGGAUUACGGCGAUCAAUGAUGAGAUACAAGCAAUCCAGAAUCAAUUAUCGCGAUAUAAACGCGAGCGUGAUACUUAUAAACACAUGUUGGAAGGCGCGCAAAAAACUAUAGGCGAGCUAAAGCAGACAACGAGACAAGGCAGAUUAUCCAAUGCGUCCUCUGGAAAAUCAGACGAGGAUGAAGAAUCAUCAAGGGCUAAUGUGUUAGUAUUAGAAAAACAAAUCAGUUGCAUGGAAGAUGAACUUUCUGAAACAAGAUUGGAAGCCUCCAGACUAAAGGCCGAGUUAGUUUCGGAAAAAUCUGGGAGUCACGUUAAAGUCUCUGAAUUGCAAUCUCGAAUUAAUGAGUUGGAGGAGGAGCGAUUACUCACCAGCGGACGUUCGAAAAUUCCAGGAUUGAAAGUGCGAAUGGAGUUAGCUUGGCAAAAAGAGAGAGAAGAACAUCAAAGAUUGCUGCAGGAAACGGCAACGCUAGCGCGAGAUUUGCGGCAAACGUUGUUUGAAAUAGAGAGAGAGCGCAGUAAAGAACGUCUUGAAAAUAAAAGGAGACAAGAUCAAUUAAAGAAAGUAUUCGAUGAAGAAAAAGAAGAAAAUAAGAAAAAAUUACUAGAGCUGCAAUGCGAUCUACUUGAGCUGAGGGAUGCGCACGCAAAAUUAAGAACGAGCAAUGAAAAAAUGAGACGCGAGAAAGAGCGGCAUGAGAAAGAAAGACACGAACUCAAAGAAGUGAUAUUGACCAAGUGCAAAUUGGAGCAAACUGAGCUGCGUAACAUUAAUAUUCUUAUGCAACAAGUUCAAGAUUUGCUACAAUUGUUCCCUGAAUUAAAUACUAUAACAGAGAACGGAACAUCCGAUGCAUAUACACCAACUCCGCCGAGACGAUUAAGGGGACCAAAAUCAAGAGAAUCAUCACCAAUGUUGGAAAUGAAGAACGACGUAAAAGUAGGCACUCCAAUACUCGGAGAAAGAACAGAGAAAUUAGAAUACACCAUCAAAAAAUUAAUGGACGUAGCGAAGGAACUUAAAGAAUCGAAGAAAAUGGCAGAUGAAACUAAUUCAACGCGAUUGAAAAAAAUGGGAAAGAGAUCAACGUCAGUAGAGAGCGAUCCAGGAAAAGGAGUGGUCUUGAAUCGCUCUAAACCACGUUUAAAAAGAAAGAGUCUCUCUUUGGAACAAACAACUGGACGUCAGCAAUCUCCAGCUAUUUGGGGCACCGAUAGCAACUUGUCGAGCAUGCAAUCAUUGGAGGGAUCAGAAAUUGAUUCUCGCGGAGCUAGUUUGCAGAGAGAUUCCAGUGUAGACAGUCGUCUUUCUGGAGGAUCAACAAAGAGCGAAAUGUUAGACCGAGACAAAAAAUAUGGUAAAGGAAUAAUACGAAAAUUAACACACAAGUUAACUAAAUCGUCUAGCGUAGAUGACCCAAACAUGACCGACUAUUCGCUGCAGACAUCUGGUUCUGAAACCAGCAUCAAUGAAAGCAGUAAAAUGGAGAAGAAGAAUUUAAAGACGAAAUUAACAGCUAUAUUUAAAAGAGGUUCAAGAAGCAGCAGUGUGGAGAAAAAAACUGGACCUAGUAAUUCCAGCAGACCUGCUUCUAGAAAUUCCAUGACAUCAGAUUAAUAAUCCCAUAUGUGCGAUCUUACUAAAGGACUUGAUACUUUACCUAAACAUUGCGAUUAUUUUUUCCUAAAAAUAUAACGUUACAUUCGACUAUAUAAUAAAAAAGCAGACUGCUCAAGUUCGUUUUUAGAUAUAAUCAGAGAGUACAGUCGGCAUCAGGUAUGCAUGAAAUUAUGUACGUUUAGAGUACGUAUUCAGGUAUGAAUAUUAGAUAGGAAAUUCCACAUAAGGAAUCUACGUUUAAAUUUUCGCAAAGAAUAGAAACAUAUGUACAUGUAUACGUGUAUUUCUGCACAUCUCGAGUACACAGUUGAUUUAUUUAAUCCUUAAAUCACGAUGUCAUCUAUGUCGUUUUAAUAUCCAGUCUAAGUAGUCUCUAUUUAAUUCAUUCACUUUAAGUAAUUUUUUCACAGAAAAACACGCGCAAAUCGAAAACGAUCCGUGCAUGAUUAUAAGUGAGUGUAAAACAUAUGUACAUAUCCUUAUAAAAGUGUAAUACACAAUUAUUUGGAAAAUAUAGCAUAUAAAGUUACUGGUUGUGUCCUAGAAAUUAUUCAUUUAUUUUAAAACCGUUUGCAUCAGAAAAUUAA